AGGAAAAUAAAGCGCCGCCCAACGAAACCGACAAGAACUUGGAGAAGGAAUAUAUAUACAGCGAAAAGAAAAAUGACUUUCAGAGAAAGAUUAUUCAACUGUAUAAAAAUAAUGUUGUCGAAGUAUCUGCGCUACCAAUACAACCGGAGCUGACCAUGACAACUAUCAACGAGGUAUAUGUUGAUCCAUGGCUAACUGUAAAAGAACAUAAGUAUUCAAAGGAGGAAACGGAAGUUACAAUUUCAAUGCCUGAAAUAUUCCGACAACAAUGUAGGAGAAUAAAGACCAUAUACGUAGUAGGAGAAGCCGGGUCGGGAAAAAGUUAUUUCUGUAAGAGUCUAGUACAUAGCUGGUGCCUUGCACACUCUACUCAUAAAACGAUAUUAAAAGAUAAGCUAGGUAUAAUAGAAGAAAUGGAAAAUUUUGAAUUCUUGUUUUACAUUACCUUGAGACAUAACACUGACUGCGACAGUGUUCACAGGAUGUUGAGCAAACAGUAUAGCGACCAAAUUCUUGAUACCAUCCUUUCAAACGAACCGGAAAACUGCCUCAUUAUACUAGACGGUUUGGAUGAAUGGUCACAAGAGAAGCAAGACUCACAAUUUCAGACUAAAGGACUGCCUACGCGAGAUCUAAGAAAGGGGUACACAGUAUUAACAACGUCUAGGCCAUGGAAAUUUCACUCGCUGAAUAUACGUGAAAAUGAAGUUCAUUUGAAAGUUGAUCUUAAAGGUAUACAUCAGGAUUCUAUCAAAAUAAUGACCACUUAAUCGAUCCAAAUUUUGAACACAUUGACAAAGAAGAAUAAAAGUGAAGUAGAUUUUGAAGAACGAUUAAACAAAUGCUCUGUUUCCAGUAUAACCCAUAUACCAAUAAUUUUGCAACAGCUGAUAUGUCUUUGGUUUAAUGAUAAAUUUCAAGAAACAUUAAUGAUUGCCACGUAUACCAAUAUCCUGGAACUUAUUUUACAAUGGACAAAAACCAGAAGCUACGGAGACCACGAGCUUGACAAUAUUAGAGAACAGUCGAAAUCUUCGACGCAAGAGGAGUUGCCAGAGUAUUUGAACAAAUAUGAAUUAUGUAAUGACUACAGUUAUGCAAUACACCACUUAUCGCGAUUAGCUUUUGAAACUCUCUUUGGAAAGGUUAAAGAUCAGUCAUUGACGUUUAGAGAUGCGACGCUUCAGAAACAUAAGAUACCCGAUACCGUGACUAACUUUGGGUUGAAAACAGGAAUUUUAGUUCAAGACAAGAGGAUAAGUUUGUGUGAAUUGAGCAGCCCUGUCCGCUCAACAUAUUCAUUUCUCCAUAAGUCAGUGCAAGAAUACCUAGCAGCGGUAUAUAUUGCAACGGAAUUCGAAAGAAUGACCGAAACUCCACUAGCAGAAAAAUGCAAACGAUGUGCUAUGAAAUACCUUGCGACGUAUAGAUCCAUCGAAGACAUUUUUGACAAAUUAAAUGUAUUAGUUAUGCUUUGUGGCUUAGAACCUUGUCUGAUAUCUCGCAUUACUAAGUAUAUCUACAUCAUUGUUAAUCUGGACCAACGUUUAUCGAAUUACAGGCAUUUGCAACCCGCCUUUCAUUUAGAAAGUAUGUUUAAGCCGUUAGAAAUUUGGAAUGGUUGCAACUUGUAUGAAAAACUUCAGGAGUGUAUUGACAACUGUAUCAAAGAAUGUAAUUGCAAACCGUUAAAAUCCAGUAUUCACAUAAGAGAUAUUACUUCAAAUGACUUAUUGAUCGACAGGAACCUGUUUGGUUUUGAUGAACAGAUUGUCUGUGCAGACAAUGUCAAGUCUAUAAGCAUUCAUCUAUCCUGUUACGAAGUGAAAAACUUUCCAAACUUUCCAACCAAAUAUCGUGUUGACGCUGACACAAUAUAUCAAGUAUUGAAACGUCUUACAGAAUUCGAAAAAUUGAAAGCCAUAGCGUGUUUUAUAUUUAGCCAAUUCCAAAACGAGACAAUUAGGAAACAGCAUGAUGAUAAGGUUGCUGAAAUUCUGGUAAAAAAUUCAUCAACCCUUGAAAGUGUGUUUUUGCAUGCUUGCGGAAGACUUGCCAAAUAUUUUGUGACAGUUCUUCCUGAAAUGCAUACUAUUACUACUCUAAGUUUUGCGGAUCCCUCGCUCAGUCUCAGUCAUGACGAUUGUUGUACUUUGAGCAACAUACUAACGGACUUUGUACAGCUGCAGCAGCUAUCGCUCUCGGUAAAUUGUAGCAGGUGUCGUCAGCACAAAAUUGACUUGUCGAAGCAUGGAAUGCUCCAAUAUGUCGAAAUACGUGGGAGCUUCUUUGCAAGCAGUUUAAACACCAAUUUUCUUGAAAUAUGUUCGUUAUCAGUUAAUAUUCUCAACGUCAAACACGUGUGUAAUGGUCUAACAAAAGCAGGGAAACUGAGAAACAUCAUACUGGUGAGUGAUGGGACUGAUUCUAUGAUAAACAGACAAAUGGUUAUGUUGUUGCCAUAUUUGACCAGUCCUAUCACUCUUUGCUUAGACAACUUCACUUUUACUGACACUGUCAUUGCACAUCCAUCUGAUAUGAAAAAUCUUAAAGAGAUUGAACUUAUGAAUGUCAGAAUGAAUCUUAGAGUCUGGUGCAAGUUUAUAGACAGUCUUCUUGAAAUUCCACAUGCUGUUCGGGUAUACACAAGCGGCAUACUUAUUACAGAGUUAAAGAACGAGUGUGUGGCUUUGAGUGCUAAAGAAGCAGCUCAUCGAUAUGUUAAAGAGAAAAUACCAUUCUACCGUCCACCAGAAAAUUUGAGAGAGUUUCGCUUUUGCUCAAAGGAAUUUUGAAUUGGACAUUUUUAAAUGUUGCUGUAUACUAACUGUACCAUUUUAAAACACUAAAUACAUGCAUUUUGUAACCUCUUAGGUUAUCUUUGUUACUGACGGACAGAUACUCUAACAUUGAGGUCAAAAGUCAAAAUAAGGCAUAUGUUAUGGCCGCACUUUGAAAUGUUCUUUCCAGUUAUGGCGCAUUUUUAAUUGAUCUGAAUCCUAUAAAUCAUCAUAACCGUUUUAUGUAAAUCAGUGUUAGAAAGCUUUUCCAGCAGAGAAAGUAGACUAUUCACUGGACAACGGGCAACUUCUAUUUCUAUUGUAUUGAGUGUUUUCAUGGAAGUAAAACAGUGAGUGAAAACGUCUUAAUAAAGACUAACUGAAUAUUGCUUGGAACAACAAGUUUAAUCCUAAUUUAUAAAACGUGUAUUUUCGCAUUUAAACAAUUAAAACACAGCAACUUAUUAAGCUGUAAACAACAAGAAGAAAAAAACAGAUUUGUAAAAAAAAAGGAGAUAUGACAGUCUGUUGUAAAAAUUACAAUACCAUUUGGUAUAAAAAAAUGUCAAUCGCUACGCUCCGUUUAUGUGUAAUAAUCAUUUAUUCCAAAUAUAAUGAUUUAAAGGUCCAAUACUAAGGAAAGUGAACAUUUUAAUUUCUUUUAAAAAGCACAGAAACUGUUUCAUUUUAUUGGAAAAUGAAAGUUGGUAUGUAGAAAUUCGAAAUAAAUCGCAGUAUAUGUACAAUUAUUUUUCUAUUAAGUAUUAAGAAAGUUAAAAAGACCUGGGGGGGGGGUCAUUCUGUCGAUUCAUUGAAAUUUCAACAUAAUACACAUACAUUUCUUUGAGUUUCAAAGACCUUCUGUAAAUUUUGACCUGCCAAUCUUCAUUAUUUAGUGUCUUGCAGAAGUCUAUGCACUGGCUAUGAAAAAAAUUGCCAACUCACUUUCCCUUAAUAAUGGACCUUUAAAUUAGUUGAAAUUUAAGAAAAUAAAGAAAAAGUGUUAUGGUUGAAAAUCUCUGCUGUAAUGCUCAUUAAUACAAAUUUCAUUUAGUUAUAUUUGACGGUUUAAGCAUAAUACAAAAAAGAAAUUAUAAAAAAAAGAAAGACGGGCGAACCGCCGUACAAAACAGAAACUGUUUGCUAAACAUUAAAUAGCACAGUGUAAACUACCUUGAUUAAAUACACUAAACAAUACUGUGAAUGAGGACAAAAAACACUGCCCGAGUUAGUAACUCAGUGUGGCCUGUACAAUUGCUCAUCUGUUAUUCUUAGUGGUGUACAGCGAAGAACUUAAACAUUUUAUAUUGCUAUAAUGAGUAAACAAAUGCACGUGUAGUCCAUAUAGCAACAACAAAAGAGUGAAAAAAGAGGAUAUGUUUGUCGGCACAACUGGCACGAAUGGCUGAACCUAACACUGGACUGGGCCCACUCUGAUAUGGCACUUGAGGACCACUAGCUGUAUUUAGUUCCUCUACAAGGUCUGAAAUAUAUAUGUUCAAAAUAUUUGUAGCAAGCAGCACAAGAAAUGCUUCUAAUAAACAGUUGAAAUUAUUCAGGAUAUUUUUGCUAAAUAAAAUUGUUUUGCAUUUAAUACAAAAUAUUAGCAUGCGUUAUGAUAAAUCCUCCUUGAUAAAACUUGAAGCCCAUCUAUGGAUUAGAAUACUAGACAGACGAUGAUUUAGAAAACCACCAAAACAUAGUAAAGUUUAAGAGAUACUUGUAAUAUUUAUCCACACAAGAGUCCUGGCGUCAAUUCAAUAUAUCUAUACUAUAGAACGCCACUUAUGCCGCUGUUCGGGGGCGUGAUGUGAAUCGCACAUUUAGUUGCUUUUCGUGCGUGAACAGACUGCACACUUUAUCCAUAAAUUCAUUGUAUUUUCCAUAUCCAGUUAUGAGAGAAUAAACAGCUUCUCUUGCCCCAAUUAUCUAAAAGAAGGAGCGGUGGUUUAGUGGUUAAUGUGUCUGCCGCUUAACCGUUAGGUCGUGCGUUAAAGUCUCACUGGGGACACUACCAUGCCUUCUUAUGUGAUGUUAAUAUUCGCUUUUCGUGGAAUAGGACUUGAGACUCAUUCAAAUUUUGUCGUACAAAUAUUCUUUCUUUCCUUGCUCGUAUUUUUAAUCCCAUAUUAAAAUGACGAUUAUAAGGUUUCAAAUAUUGAGGUAGCCAUUUACAUGUACCAUUUACCAUUACUUUUAUUUAUUUUAAUUUAUAUCAAGUGAUAUCUGAUGAACCAACGACUAUUUAGAAAUCUAUAGUUCGUUCAUGUUUAUUUGCUGUGUUGUUUCAGG